AUGGAGAUGCUGGAGAUGCAGGAGAUGCGACAGGUCGUCGUGGAGCCCGGAUGGGUCAAUAAAACCCAUCGAAACACCACAAACAUGUCCGAAAUCUCCUCCGUGGGCGCUCCUAUCCAACUACCCGUCUUGGACAUCUCCAACCCCGACGAUGUCGCAACGGGGAAAGCCAUGCUCGACGCCGCCGCCCGGUACGGCUUCUUGUACGUCAACAGCCAGGGCUCCGACUUUUCCGCCGAGGAUGUGAAGAAGGCUUUUGAACUGGUUAGUCCCCUUGCAUAA